AGGAUUUCGGAUUUAAGCACUUACUUUGGGUAUAUUCUGGUCGACGUGGUGUUCAUUGCUGGGUUUGCGAUGAAAACGCUCGGAAAUUGAGCAAUGAAAAUAGAUCCGCAAUUGUAUCAUAUCUUGCACUCAUAAAAGGUGGCGCUCAAGUAAAUAAGAAAGUGCACCUCAACAAAGCUUUACAUCCAUCUAUUAGGCGGUCUUUGAACAUCAUUGAAGAUUACUUUGAAGACAUUGUAUUAAAAGAUCAAGAUGUGUUGGGUUCGGAAGAAAAUUGGUCCAAGGUCUUAAAUUGUAUUCCAGAUGAUGAAAUAAUAAAAAAAUUGACCAAUAAAUGGAAUUCGUCGCAGUCAAAAUCCUCCGUCCAAAAAUGGGAGGAGUUGGUUAAUGAACUAGAAAAUGCUGCGAAUGUUUCAGGAAAAAAGUUUUCAAAGAAAACCGAACAACUUCAAUCUUGCAAAUUUGAGAUAAUGAUUCAAUAUACUUAUCCAAGAAUUGAUGAAGCAGUAUCUAAACAUAUAAAUCAUUUAUUAAAGGGUCCCUUUUGUGCACAUCCAAAAACAGUUUGCGUACCGAUUCAACCGGAAGACUGUGAAAACUUUGAUCCAUUUAAUGUACCUACAGUUGCUUCCGUAUACAACGAGUUGAAUCAAUAUAUUGAAGGAGAGCGAAAGGUUCAUAGUG